AUGGCGACGACCCGCGCUGCCCGUGCCCUCCUGCUGCCGCUCCUCCUGCUGCUGCUGUGCCCGCCGGGGCUGCGGCGGGGGGCGCGGGGCGGCGGGCAGCGCCCGCGGGGCUGUCCGGCUCCGUGCCGCUGCGAGCUGGACGGAGUGCUGCUCCGCGCCGACUGCUCCGACCGCGGGCUCACCUCCGUGCCCGCCAACCUCAGCGUCUUCACCUCCUACCUUGAUCUCAGUAUGAACAACAUUACUAAGCUGCCCUCAAACCCUGUGCACAAUCUCCGCUUCCUGGAAGAGCUACGUCUUGCAGGAAAUGGCUUGACAUACAUUCCUAAGGGAGCAUUUGCUGGCCUUUUCAGUCUUAAAGUGCUGAUGCUGCAGAAUAACCAGCUACGCCAGGUUCCUACCGAAGCACUCCAGAACCUGCGCAGCCUGCAGUCUCUACGUCUGGAUGCCAAUCACAUCAACUAUGUACCCCCCAACUGCUUCAAUGGCUUGGUCUCCCUUAGACACCUGUGGCUAGAUGAUAAUUCCUUGACAGAAAUUCCCGUACAAGCUUUUAGGAGUUUACCAGCACUUCAGGCAAUGACAUUGGCACUGAAUAAAAUUCAUUACAUUCCAGACUAUGCCUUUGGAAACCUCUCCAGUUUGGUAGUUCUACAUCUCCAUAACAAUAGAAUCUAUUCCCUGGGAAAGAAAUGCUUUGAUGGGCUCCACAGCCUAGAGACAUUAGAUUUAAAUUACAACAGUCUGGACGAGUUCCCCACUGCUAUCAGGACAUUAACAAACCUAAAAGAACUGGGAUUUCAUAGCAAUAACAUCAAGUCAAUACCUGAGCAUGCAUUUGUGGGUAAUCCUUCACUUAUUACAAUACAUUUUUAUGAUAACCCUAUCCAGCUUGUUGGAAAAUCUGCUUUUCAACACUUACCAGAGCUAAGAACUCUGACUUUAAACGGUGCUUCACAGUUAACAGAGUUUCCUGAUCUGACAGGGACUACAAGUCUGGAGAGUUUGACGCUCACAGGAGCACAGAUCACCUCUCUCCCCAAAUCAGCUUGUGACCAGCUACCUAAUCUCCAAGUGCUGGAUCUGUCUUAUAACCUCCUGGAGGAUUUACCCUGUUUUACUGCAUGUAAAAAACUCCAAAAAAUUGACUUGCAUCACAAUGAAAUUGCUGAAAUCAAAGCAGACACAUUUCGGCAGCUGGCUGCUCUUCGGUCUCUGGAUUUAGCUUGGAACAAAAUUAAAAUUAUUCACCCCAAUGCCUUCUCCUCUUUACCAUCUCUGAUCAAACUGGAUGUGUCAUCCAACCUUUUGUCCUCUUUUCCUGUGACGGGGCUACAUGGUUUAACUCAUUUAAAAUUAACAGGAAAUCAUGCCCUGCAAAGUUUGAUAACAUCUGAAAAUUUUCCAGAACUCAAGGUCAUGGAAAUGCCUUAUGCCUAUCAGUGCUGUGCCUUUGGGGCUUGUGAGAACCACUACAGAAUCUCCAGCCAAUGGAACAAAGAUGAUAAUAGCAGCAUUGAUGACUUUCAUAGAAAGGAUGCUGGACUGUUACAAAUUCAAGAUGAACGUGAUUUUGAGGACUUUUUUCUUGACUUUGAAGAAGAUUUGAAAUCUCAUCAUUCAGUGCAAUGCUCACCUUCUCCAGGUCCCUUCAAACCAUGUGACCAUCUGUUUGGUAGCUGGCUGAUCAGAAUCGGAGUGUGGACCGUAGUGGGUUUGACCUUUAUUUGCAAUGCACUGGUGUCUGCCACAGUUUUCAGAUCUCCAUUGUAUAUGUCCUCCAUAAAACUUUUGAUUGGUUUAAUAGCCAUUGUAAAUGCCCUGAUGGGUCUGGCCAGUGGAGUACUGGCUAGUGUGGAUGCAUCCACUUUUGGCAGCUUUGCUCAGUACGGAGCACAGUGGGAAAGUGGAACUGGUUGCCAGGUAACUGGCCUUCUCUCCAUUUUUGCUUCAGAGGCUUCCAUAUUCCUCCUUACCCUAGCUGCACUCGAACGUGCAUUCUCAGUAAAGCAUGCUAUGAAGUUUGAAACAAAAUCCUCCACUGCUAGUGUAAAAAUUGCCAUUUCCUUUUGCUUUAUGUUGGCACUAAUCAUUGCAGUGAUACCCCUCCUCACUGGCAGUGAGUAUGGGGUUUCUCCUCUUUGUUUGCCUCUCCCAUUUGGGGAGUCCACAGCUAUGGGCUACAUGGUAGCACUGGUAUUGCUGAACUCCCUUUGCUUUCUGGUAAUGACUGUUGCUUAUACAAAGCUUUACUGUAAUUUAGAAAAGGGAGAGCUAGACAGCAUUUGGGAUUGCUCUAUGGUCAAACAUAUAGCCUUGCUACUUUUUACUAAUUGCAUUCUUUAUUGCCCUGUGGCCUUCUUAUCUUUUUCCUCCUUACUAAAUCUCACUUUUAUCAGCCCAGAAGUGAUUAAGUCAAUACUUCUAGUGAUUGUCCCACUGCCAGCAUGUCUAAACCCUCUGCUUUAUAUACUUUUCAAUCCACAUUUUAAGGAGGAUUUGGGAAGUCUGAGAAAGCAAACUUUGAUAUGGAGGAGAUCAAAACAUGCUAGUCUGAUCUCUGUGAAUUCAGAAGACAUAGAAAAACAAUCUUGUGACUCAACACAGGCAUUGGUAACCUUCACGAGUGCCAGCAUAUCGUAUGAUAUGCCCCCCAGCAGUUCACUAAUGGCACCCUCUUAUCAAAUGACAGAAGGCUGCAAUCUUUCAUCAGUCGCAUUUGUUCCCUGUCGCUAG